CUCCGCGUCCUUGGGGUGUAGGGGGAACGAGGCCGCCGAGGAUUUGCAAGUCUUAACCGCGCAGGUCAGAAAGUUUAGGCUAAGAAUCUUCAUUUUGUUUCUUUCUUUUGGGGGGGCGGGCGGGGAGAUGGUCGUUGUGGUAUUUUCCUAGUCUAUUAGAUGUUGUUUGAGUCGAAGUUUUGGCCUUCAUGGAAAUUUUCUGGUACCCCACACGUGAUGCACUUUGGGGAUGUGGGCGUAUGCAGCUAUCGGACUACUCAUCCGGGAGAGGACUCGAGACGAACACGAUCAACAUCACGACAUGCACCGCUCAAGGUAUCAGCUACCGAUACCGUGUAAUUUGGCUUGUACUUCUAUCUUUUUGGCAAAUCUUUUCCUUGUUAUAUUUCCUUGCCUAAUGUUGGUCAUUCUCUCCCGCAUCCCUUGCCUUUUAUGCCAUCGUCUUCUCGUGGCCGACACUGUUCCUCAAGGCACGCGACUUGCUGAUCUUGAGGUAAACGGCGAUAGCGGCAACAACAACGCCAAGGAACAUGCCCUUCUGGAGGAGGGACCAGCCCUCACCGGAACCGACCUCCAGAGGGGUGUCCUCGUUGGAGUAGCCUGCCGCCCAUUCGCUAUUGCCGAAUUCGCCUGUAGAGCCAGGGGGCGUAGCCAUCAGCAAACCACGUACGAUUCGUUUUGUUCAUUUUGGUGCAAAGUCAUCAAGAGGCAGAGAUUGUAUGGUACAUGGAUGUGUCGGGUUUGGUGAGGAAGACGGAGACGUGAGGGAUAACGGGUGUCAUAGUACGUGCUCAGAGUUCCACGUGGAUACCUUCAGGGGGCACCUCCAGCUCUCCGCUCUUGGCGAUCUUGAUCGUCUUGACGGGGCGGUCGCCAGGCUGGGUCUGGGUCUGCUCAAUCUUCUCGACGACGUCGUAGCCCUCGAGGACCUCGCCGAAUACGACGUGGCGGCCAUCGAGCCAACUGUGGUUCUCGGGUUAGUACUGCGGUCCGGCUGGGUG